AUGGGUCGAGGACGAAGGUUAGCUUCAUUCACCGACUUAUCCCCAGAGCUCCUUCGUCAAAUAUUUGGACACUUUUGUUUACACUGCUGCCAUAAAACAAAAGAUUAUCUCCUUCAAGAACCCGGCGUCUUGGCAGAGAAUUACUGCAAAGGCCGCCAGGUGCUUGUGGCGUUAUGUCUCGCCUCUAGACGCUUUCGCGAUGUUAGCCAGGAAAUACUCCAUCAUGUGUUUCUUAUUGCACCUUCGGAAUCGGAUCUCGUGCGACAGCCUUCGGUGAAGACGUCAUUGGCUCGUUUUAUACGGACCAUCGCCUCAAAGCGUCACCUUGCCGCGGCAACAAAGGCGGUUGUUUUCUUUCAUUCGUUGGAGGCGCCCAAUAUUCAAAUUCAAGAUGCCCAAGAGUGCUUCAGACAUGUUUCUGAGGUCACAGGAAUCCAAUCUUCAGAAGUCUGGGAUCAAAGAAAGAAUUUAUCGCCUUACCGCGAUGACUUUCUCCAAGAGCUGAUACUUGGCAAGGCUCACUCUCAGUGUGACCCAAAGACGAUAGAAGAGUCGCAUGCGAACACUCUGGCUACCGAGUUGUUGUUCAUUCUAGUUGCUUUGCUACCCAAACUCCCACAUCUGGCUCUUGAUGUCUCGAUCCAUCAGACCUUCGAUCAAUUAGAAGCACUGAAAGCUCUGGGAGUUUCCCGUCUACCACUGAAAGCACUUGAGAUCAAUGGGGCAUCCGACACAGCAUGGCUUUCUUCGCAGCUUAUAAACUGUUCACCAGAUCUUGAGACUCUUUGCCUAUACCAUUCGACGUCCUUGCCCGAGAUAUCGACUAUCAAGACGCUUCAUCUCCGGAAGUUUCGAAUGAGCGUCAGGCAACUUGAAUCGAUUCUCUCUUCCUGUACUGGACAACUGAGAACUUUUACAUACGAAGCUUCAGAUAUAGUCGCUUAUCACGUCGAUGAAAACUCUUCCUUCAUGAUACAAGCUCGCGAUGCUAUUCAAGCUCUCGAAAAACAUAGCCAACGUCUCGAGAAGCUUCAUCUUGAUCUUCGUAUCCGAACUUUUAUGUGUCGAAAUACAAAGAUCGCACCGAUGCCUAGCCUGGAAACCUUUACAACAUUGCAAGAGCUCUUGAUCAACACCGACGCGGUAUAUAACGACCAAAGCUCACAACUACAGUUGGCAGAUGAGACAUUGCUUACCCGAUUCCUUCCUCCCAAUAUCGUGUCACUGCACCUUGUAGAACCCGAAUUUCCCACCCGUCCUGCACGUAUACAGAGAGGGUUGGCCGGCCUUGCGGAACUGAAGAGACGGGACUGGGGACGCUUUCCCAACCUCAAGCAAGUGACAUGUGAUAACAAGGAGAUAUUCAAAGAAUACUACGUUAGGAAUGUGCUCUCUGAGGUUGGGAUUGAUCUCAUCUACAAAGAGUUUCCGAGGCCGGAUUGGAGUUAUGAUCGAGGACAUUUGAUAUCUCAGUAUCCUCAAAAAUAUACAGCCAUGCAGGAGAGGUUUGUGGAAGAGGAAUUCUGGGUACAUCGAUGA